AUGUCGAAAAUCGUCCGCCUGAUCAAAAACGUCGCCAAUGGCUACUCGGCGACGCAGAUUCUCGUGCGCAAGGCCACGUCCAACGACCCGCUGGGCCCCUCCACCUACGACAUGGAGGAAAUCGCCGCGGCCACCUACAACACCCAAACGGAGUUUUUGGAGAUCAUGGACAUGCUCGACCGCCGGCUCAACGACAAGGGCAAGAACUGGCGCCACGUGGCCAAGUCGUUGACGGUGCUCGACUACCUUGUGCGGUUUGGCCUGGACAAGUGCGUCUUGUGGGCCAAGGACAACUUGUACAUCAUCAAGACGUUGCGCGAGUUUGUGCACUUAGACGACGCCAACAGCGACCAGGGGGCGCUUAUCCGCGUCAAGGCGAAGGAAUUGGUUGCGCUUUUGCAGAACGACGAGCGGCUUGCGGCGGAGCGCAAAAAUGCCCGGCGCGAGCCGGCGCGGCGCCAGCGGCUGCGGGCGGCGGCGUCCGACCCUUACGACGCCGACUUGCAGCGGGCGCUCGAGAUGUCGCGCGAGACCGCCGAGCGCGAGAACGAGCGCGAGCGCUCCGACGACGACGCCGAGCUCCAGGCUGCGCUCAAGCUUUCGCUCGAGGAGGAGGAGAUGCGCCGCCGCAAGCAGGCCGAGAACGAAAACCUCUUGGACUUGAGCGAGCCCGCGCAGGGCCAGACCCAGCAGUAUGCGCUCUACUUCCAGACGGGCCAGACCCAGGACCCGUUCCAGCAGUAUGCGCAGCCGCAGUACUUCCCCAACCAGUACCAGACGGGCCAGUUCCAGACGGGCCAGUUCCCACAGUACCAGACGGGCCAGUUCCCGCAGUACCAGACGGGCCAAUUCCAGACAGGCCAGUUCCAGACGGGUCAGUUCCAGAGCCAGUUCCCGCAGUACCAGACCGGACAGUUUGCCGGGCAGAACGGCUUCCCCGACCAGGCGCCGCAGUUCACGGGCUUUGCCGGCGAGGAGUUGCGCCCGCUCAAAACAGGCUCCAACAACCCGUUCGCCUUGGACCACACGCCCCAGCCGCAGCUGCAGCAGCUGCAACAGCUGCAACAGCCCUCGUUGGCCGAGUUGGCCUCCGAGCAGAAGCUGCAGCCCGCCUUCUACACACAGCCCCAGCAGCCCGGCCGCAAGUACAACGACUCGCACGAGCUCAACACUCUCUUGGCCACCGGCACGGGCGUCGACACCUUUGGAAACACCGGCGCCACGCGUAUCCCGCACCAGCACACAAAAACAGGCACCUUCAUCAACUCCAUGGGCACAGGCAUGCGGCCGCAGACGGGAGACGUGCGCAUGAGCUCGAACGCCACGGGAAAUCCGUUUUUGAACACGGGAAUCGGCACCUCUGCGCCGCAGCGCAUUGAGCCCGCUGCCACAGGCUACGGCUUUGGCAACAGCAAGGACGAGCCGAGCUUGAUCGAUAUCUGA